UUUCCCUUGGUGUAUUAGUUUGUACAAUAUUGAAUCAUGCAAUACUUGUUGAGAUCUGCUCUCAUCUCUAAUUAUGUGGCUGGUUUUAGGGUGGAGAAGAUCUGUGGCACCUAUAGAAGAAGUGAAUGUGACUCUGGAUCCAGAUACGGCUCAUCCCCAACUCAUCCUGUCUGAGGGUGGGAAAAGUGUGAGAUGGGGAGACACACGGCAGCGACUGCCCAACAACCCUGAGAGAUUUGACACUGCGCUGUGUGUGCUGGGCUGUGAGGGAUUCACCUCGGGGAGACGUUGCUGGGAGGUGGAGGUGGGGGCCGGGCAAUACUGGGCUGUGGGGGUGGCCAGAGAGUCUGUGAGGAGGAAGGGAGGGAUCAGCCGUAGCCCUGAGGGGGGGAUCUGGGCUGUGGAGCGGUGGUGGGGUCAGUUCCGGGCUCUCAGCUCCCCUGUGACCCUCCUGCCCCUGAGCCGGGUCCCCAGCAGGAUCCGGGUUUGUCUGGACUGUGACCGGGGGCAGGUGACAUUUAUCGGUGCUGGUGACGAGGCCCCGAUCUUCACUUUCCCGCCGGGCUCCGUCCCUGGGGGGAGAAUCAGACCCUGGUUCUGGGUGGGGGGAUCCCAGCUCAGCCUGAGACACACAGCAGAGGGGAGAUCGGGAAAUCAGCCUUUCUAGCCUCAUGGACCCCAGUCUCUAUGACCUUGGAGGACUCCUGUCUACCCAGAACCUGGUGCCUCAUCUCUAUGACCCCUGGAA